AUGCGCGGGGACGACUCACAACACAUAAACGAUAUCCGGAAAAUUUUGGACGACCUGGGUGAAACAUCUCAAAGGAACUUCCGAAAUUUGGAAUCUCUUGUGAACUCUCUUCGCCUCUCAGAGACCGUCCUUGAGGAAAGGAACCGAGCGUGGAUCCUGGAUAAGUUGUACUUCGACAGCAUGGAUGCGAGGCGGGAGUCUGUAGACAACGCCGAAACGAACACUUUUCAAUGGUGGAUCGACAGUGACCAUAUUACAAAUUACAACGACUGUACAUACGAAGUCACUUUCAAGGACUGGCUGGCUAGUGGUCGGGAAGAGUUGUUGCCCAAUCCGUUUCAUAUCGUCGGCAAACCAGGCAGCGGCAAGUCCACCCUUAUGAAGCUCAUCGAUAAAGCCAUUCGACCAGAUUCCAACCAAGCGUCAAGAAUUCAGCUCAAGAAAUGGGCCAAUGGCAAUCAGCUCAUCACGGCUACUUUCUACGCAUGGAAAGCCGGGAAUCGGUACCAGAGAAGUUUUCAGGGCUUGAUUCGAACCUUGCUUCACUCGAUUCUCGAGCAAUCGCCUGUUCUUACGGGAAUGGCUUUUCCUAGCCGCUGGAAACCGGGCGACUUUGCUCCUGGGAGACAAAGGGAUCUGCGAAGCUCCGAAAUCCCAUUUGAUGAGAUUCUCGAGGCAUUUAAUCGCAUUAGAUCCGGUCAAGGCCAAGCCAAAGAUAUGCGAUUCUUCUUCCUCAUCGACGGACUAGACGAAUUAGAAGACUACAACGGCUGUCCUAAUGGCUCUACCGGCUUCGGUGUCGCAGAGCUAAUCUGGUCUUGGGUCCGACAAGAAAACGUGAAGGCCUGCGUUUCCAGCCGAGAACAGAAUCCGUUCAUGAACACCUUUCCGGCAGAGUUGAGGCUACGCCUUCACAUGAUCACAUAUAAAGACGUCGAGACACUGGUUGAGAAUCGCCUUAUGCCACGUCUCCGCAAGAAUUUUCCGUCGACCCCUCAAGAACAUUUACAGAAGCUCACCAGAUCAGUCGUGGAAAAAGCCGAAGGGGUAUUCCUCUGGGUGAUCCUAACUAUCAUCGAGCUCUGGCACGGGUUGGACGAC